AUUUCAUUAAAAGGGCAAGUGGAAGUGGAUCUCAACUAUUCUUCAUGUGUGUGACCCUCCAGAUAGCCCAAGCUAAGCAGCGAGCACAGUGAUAUAAAGAGGAGCGAAGUACUGACGCUGCUACAUCACCAAAUCCAAAAUUUGACAUGGAACAUCGGUCUGUCUCUCCCCAUGUCCUCAUCUUCCCUUUACCAGUUCAAGGCCACGUCAAUCCCAUGCUCAAGCUCGCCGAACUUCUUUCCCUCGCCGGCCUCCGCAUCACCUUCCUCAACUCCGACUACAACCACCACCGCCUCCUCCGUUACACAAAUAUUCUGGACAGAUACACGCGCUAUCCUGGCUUCCGUUUCCAAACAAUCUCCGAUGGGUUGCCAUUGGAUCGUCCGCGGACUGGUGCCGGAUUGAGGGAUAUGAUGGAUGGAAUAAAAGCCACGACCAAACCACUGUUUAGGGAGAUGGUAAUUUCGUGGUGCCGGAGUUCCGACCCGGUGACCUGCAUCAUAGCAGAUGGGCUCAUGAGUUUUGCCAUUGAUGUUGCUAAUGAAGUCGGAGUUCCCAUCAUUUCUUGCCGUACUGUCAGUCCUUGUUGCUUCUUGGCAUAUUUCUCUUUCGCUGAACUCAUUGAAGCAGGGGAAGUCCCCUUUAAAGAUGAUGAUAUGGAUCGGCUAGUAACCAGAGUGCCGGGAAUGGAGGGGUUUCUCCGGCGGCGAGAUCUACCUAGUUUUUGCCGUACCAGGGAUGCAAAUGACCGCGGAAUCCAGUUUAUAAUCACGGAGACUCAACAAACCCCACGAGCCCAUGCCCUCAUACUCAAUACAUUUGAAGACCUAGACGGACCCAUACUCUCUCAAAUACGCAAUCACUGCCCAAAAAUCUACACCAUUGGACCUCUCCACGCACAUCUCAAAUCCAGGCUUGCAUCCGAAACAACCACGUCACAGUUUUCCAACAGUUUCUGGGUGGAAGACAGAAGCUGCUUAGCGUGGCUUGAUCGCCAGCCGUCAAAAUCUGUCAUCUACGUCAGCUUCGGAAGCAUCACGGUCAUCACAAAGGAGCAGAUGAUGGAGUUCUGGCACGGUCUAGUCAACAGCGGGAGUCGCUUCUUGUGGGUCAUACGGCCAGACUCCCUCACAGAAAAAGAUGGAGAGUUUCAGCUGCAAGCGCAGCUCUGGGAAGUGACGAAGGAGAGGGGUCAAAUUGUGGAUUGGGCUCCACAGGAAGAGGUUCUAGCGCACCCGGCUGUGGGUGGGUUCCUAACUCACGGUGGAUGGAACUCCACGCUUGAGAGUAUAUUCGCCGGAGUGCCAAUGAUUUGCUGGCCGUAUUUUACUGAUCAACAGUUAAACAGUAGGUUCGUGAGCCAUGUUUGGAAGAUGGGUAUGGAUAUGAAGGACACUUGCGAUAGAGUUACUAUUGAAAAGAUGGUGAGGGAUGUGAUGGAAGGGAGAAGAGCUGAGUUCACCAAAUCGGUAGAUGCCAUGGCAAAAUUGGCAAGACGUAGCCUGAGUGAAGGUGGGACCUCCUACUGUAACUUUGACCGUUUGAUCGAGGAUAUAAGGUUGAUGAGCGCCUCUCAUAGCCUGGAGGAACUUGCUUCCGUUGAAAUGUGAUUUCCUCCCUUU